CCCACACCCCCCGCCCCGGGUCUCUCUCUCGUCUCAACUGAGGUCCUAACCCUAGCAGGGAGAUGAAAACGGGAAGCCGAAGAAGAGGCGGAGGCGGUGGGUCAACGCCUCCGACGGUCUUCGAACGAGUCCUCCGCCGCCACAUCGAGUCCUUCAAGACCAACAGCAACCACGCCACCACCCUCGAUGACGUGGUCGCUCACCUCCGCUCCUCCUUCCCCGAGUACUCCCGCCACAAGCUCCAACCAUUCACGAGAGCCGUCCAACAAACCCUACAACACAUCACCUCCAACAACAACCACCUCACAUCGACCACUCACGGCCGCCGUGCCUCUACGUCAGGUCUCGUCACCGACGAUGAGCAAGACAAUCACGAUCGAUCUGCCAGGAAGAGGACGAAGAGAGUCGACGCGAAGGAGGAGCGGCUGCGGCGCUUGGAGGAGCAACACGUGCGGAGGAAACGACGUGGCGAUGCCGUUUCGUCUGCGUCGGGUUCGGACUCGACGACGGAGGAGACGGACGGCAACGUUUCCACGUCGGAGGACGCGGUUUAUGGGGAGGAGAUAGAGCCGCCGGAGUUCGAUUUGAUGAAGUCGAUGCUGCGCGCUAGUUAUAGCGGCUCGAAAUCGAAGAAGAAGGCGGGGGAGGAUAAGGUGGAGAAUAAUGCAUGUACUUUUUCGAAUAGUCCGAGAUGUGCGCAAGCUGACCCGGAACACCCUGCAUUACCAAGAAAAAAAAGAAAGGGGGAGAAUAAUGUGGAAUUGGAGGAGGUAUUUGGUAACAAGGCAGCUCGAAAAGUCGAUUUCCUCGGAGGAGACGGUGGUGGUUUGGGAAAAACAGUUGGAAAAGGUUUUAGUGGUGGUGGUGGUGAGGUGGGGGAGGUGAAGGGGAAAGAUGGGCCUAGGUUUAAGGACUUGGGAGGGAUGCGGGGAAUUGUGGAGGAAUUGAAGAUGGAGGUGAUUGUUCCGCUCUACCAUCCGGAGUUGCCAAGGUGGCUCGGGGUGAGGCCGAUGGCGGGGAUUCUGUUGCACGGGCCGCCGGGGUGUGGGAAGACUAGGCUGGCUCAUGCCGUUGCUAAUGAGACCGGGGUUCCAUUCUAUAAGAUCUCAGCUACUGAAUUGGUCUCUGGUGUUUCGGGUGGAUCGGAAGAGAACAUUCGGGAUCUUUUUGCGAAAGCAUAUAGGACAGCGCCGUCUAUUGUGUUUAUUGAUGAGAUUGACGCAAUUGCUUCAAAAAGAGAGAAUCUACAGAGGGAGAUGGAGAGAAGGAUUGUGACACAGUUGAUGACUUGCAUGGACGAAUCGCACAGGUUUGUACAACCUGCUGAUGUAGAUCCAAAUGCAGAAAGCGCCAAUAUCAGGCCUGGAUAUGUUCUCGUAAUUGGAGCUACAAAUAGGCCUGAUGCUGUUGAUCCUGCAUUAAGGAGGCCUGGACGAUUUGAUAGAGAGAUUGUUUUAGGUGUUCCGGAUGAAAAUGCGAGGGUUGAGAUUCUUUCAGUUCUUACACGUGAUCUUAGAGUUGAGGGUGCUUUCGAUCUUGUCAAGCUAGCCAGGUCCACUCCUGGGUUUGUUGGAGCAGACUUGACGGCCCUAGCUAACAAGGCUGGUAACCUUGCCAUGAAGAGAAUUAUUGACAGAAGAAAAUCUGACCUAUCCGUAGAACCUACAGAUGGGGAGCAUACUGAAGAUUGGUGGAAGCUUCCGUGGUUGCCUGAAGAAAUUGAAAAGCUUAACAUUACUAUGGCUGAUUUUGAGGAAGCAGCUAAAUUGGUUCAACCCUCUUUAAGAAGGGAAGGAUUCUCCAGUAUUCCUAACGUGAAAUGGGAAGAUGUCGGGGGCCUCCAUUUGUUAAGGCAGGAGUUUGAUCGUUAUAUAGUUAGGCGUAUUAAGUACCCUGAGGAUUAUGAGGGGUUUGGGGUAGAUCUGGAGACAGGGUUUUUGCUCUAUGGACCUCCGGGCUGUGGUAAAACAUUAAUUGCUAAGGCUGUCGCCAAUGAGGCAGGAGCUAAUUUCAUACAUAUCAAGGGCCCUGAACUUCUGAGCAAAUAUGUUGGUGAAAGUGAGUUGGCAGUUAGGACAAUAUUUAGCCGAGCAAGGACUUGUUCUCCAUGCAUACUUUUCUUUGAUGAGGUAGAUGCUUUAACCACGAAGCGUGGAAAGGAGGGGGGCUGGGUUGUUGAGCGGCUUUUGAACCAGCUGUUGAUUGAGCUAGAUGGUGCAGAUCAGAGACAGGGUGUUUAUGUCAUUGGCGCUACAAAUAGACCUGAGGUGAUGGACCGUGCUGUCUUACGACCAGGAAGGUUUGGGAAACUCCUAUUUGUCCCUCUUCCAAGUCCAGAUGAGCGUGGCCUGAUCUUAAAAGCUCUUGCUCGGAAGAAGCCUAUAGAUUCCAGUGUGGAUUUAAUUGCCAUUGGAAGGGAUGAAGCUUGUGAAAACCUUAGUGGAGCUGAUCUUUCUGCACUGAUGAACGAAGCGGCCAUGGCUGCACUUGAGGAGAAACUGACAGCCCAAAGCAAUUCAGAUGCCACAACGUCAUUGACUAUCGGAAAGAUACAUUUUGAGCAGGCCCUGAAGAAAGUCUCUCCAUCUGUCUCAGAGAAGCAAAAGCAUUACUACCAACUCUUGACAGAAAGCUUCAGAGCAGCGUGAGAUUAGACUUGGGAUCAAAGUUUUUGCAAAAGCUUUGGAGAUACAACCAUGGGGUUUCAAGUUGCCAAGAGCAAUUAAACUAUGGAAGCAUGAGUGGCCAUUUUAUCCCGUGUUUGUGUGCUUUGCUGUCUUCUUGCUCCAUGUAAGUGUUCUUUAGUACCUCGUAAUAUAGCUCCAGUUCGUUUAGGUAGAAAAUUUUGUAGUUGAUGAAGAACUAGGCGUAUACCACCACAGCUCAAAACGUUUCUUUGGGGAAGUCCCAAUUCAAAGAAAUAGCUGGAAUGAACCAUGAGUUAAUGAGAGAGUUUACUAUGAUUUAGCUUGUAUUGGUACCUAAAAUUUCAAAUUUUCUAUUUGGGUCGAGUUUUGUCAAUGGAUUGGAGAAUAUCUAGGGUUGUACAUGUCAAAUUCAAGUGGAAUAUACGUUUUAUAUUUAUGGAUAUAAUUGAACCAA